UUAAUGUAAGCAACCUCCACUCGCUCUCCAAACAUGCAUCCUUAUGAAGCGCUGCGGUGAGAGGUGUGACCUCCGGGCUGAGCUCUCACAGCUCUCCACACAAGUCUGAAGGAGGGAUUGAGGGAGAGCAGAGGGGAGCGCUCAAAACUUCUAAAACCGCCACCGGUGACACCCUGACGACAGGCAUGGAGUCAAAAACUGAGGCUGGAUCGGCGUUGGUGACCAGCGAGGAGCUGGCUGCGAUCGAGGACGAAGAGGUUCUCAACAAGAUGCUGGACGGUGCCACAGAUUUUGAAGAGAGACGGAUGAUACGUGCCGCGCUGAGGGACCUCCUCAAGAGAAAGAGAGACAAGCGGGAGCAGGAUCGGGGCUCGAGGCAGCAGGACUUGAGGCAGCAGGGCCUGAGCAAAGGGGGAACAACAGGCGGAGGUGUGAGCGUGGGCAGAGCGUCCAUGAACCAGCAGCCGCAGACAAACAAGCCGCCUGGUCAGCUCUCUUCAUCAGUGGGCGGUCAGCCCGGUCCUGCUGUAGCUUCAGCCCAGAAAUGUCCUCCUGCUGCAGCACCCAACGCUAAAAAUGUCAAACAGAUGCUUCUAGACUGGUGCAGGGCCAAAACAGAGCCAUAUGAGGGGGUGGACAUCCAGAACUUCUCCUCAAGCUGGAAAGACGGCAUAGCCUUCUGCGCCUUGGUGCACCGCUUCUUCCCUGACGCCUUCGAGUACUCCAUCCUCAACCCCAACAAGCCCAGGGACAACUUCCAGCUGGCCUUCAGCACUGCAGAGAGGCUGGCAGGCUGCCCCCCUCUGCUCGACCCCGACGACUUAGUCCGGAUGAAAGAGCCCGACUGGAAGUGCGUGUACACGUACAUCCAGGAGUUCUACCGCUCCCUGGUGGAGAAAGGCCUGGUCAAGACCAAGAAGCGGCUGUAGUCGGCUGUCAUGAUUUCGCACGAGCAUGAAAGAAUAAUUUUGUGCACCUUUUUCAGCAGAAUAUUUACAUUUUUUCUGUGACCUUUAGAGCUGCCCUGAAGGGAAGCGUUAAAGGAAAAGUUGUCUCAAACAUGAACAUUCAGUCAUUACGUGCUCACCCUCACGCUGGCGGAAAGUCGGGUGAAGUCUCUGUCGUCCGUCAGCCUUCUUAUGUCUCUUUCCCUUUGUUUUUCUGACAUCUUAAAACAAGUCCCCAUCUACUUCAGUUGUUUAGGAGAACACGGUUUUGCUGUGAAAUGUUUUGUGGACUGCAGAACCUCACCCGACUUUCCAUCGGCACGAUGUCGAAUGGAUAAUGACUGAAUUUUCCAAUUAUUUUGGGGGUGAACUUCUCCUUUAAGCAUGUGAUGUGACUGGCCGACGCGUCGUGUGAAUGUUUAAAUGUGAAUGUGAAGUGUCUGUAUUGGUCUGGUGUGUUAGCGGGGACUUAGGUUCACUCGGUGGACAGCUGGCGGUCCGGAUCAGCGCAUUCCUCUGAGAUUACACAUCUGCAUUAAUCCCAGUCGGAGCCGCGGAGAAUCUGGGUAUGCUACUCUCGUUUUAUGACCUUGCUGUUGAAGGCCUGAUUGUGCGAGACACGUUUAUUAAACAUCCAUUCCAUCGUACACGCUGAGAUUCUUCUGAACUGAAUGGUAUCUAAUUUUCCUGAUGACAUAUUCAGGAACGCCACAUGUUUCAUUUGAAACCAUCACACAGGAGUUUGGUAUAAAUGGUUUGAACCUCC